CUUUAGUCUGUGCGAUUUUUCGAGUGUGACAUUAUUUUGUGUGUAAACUUUGGAAAGAUGUCCAAGAGUUGCCAAGUAUGCAAAAAACUGGAUCAUCAUGGUUUGGAUGUUACUUAUCAUCUCAUUCCCCGAGAUCCGGUGAGAAGACAAAUUUGGAGUGCUCUUCUUGGAUUUCCAAAAGAGAAGGUCCUACCAAAAUAUUCAUACAUUUGCUCUAGACAUUUUCAUAAAAGUGAUUUCCAUUACAAAAGAAAUGGCAUAAAAUACUUAAACGCUGAUGCGCAACCUCUCUUAGUUAACUCGAACGUUUUUGAGCCGCAGCAGGGUUCUGAUGAAGAAACUGAAUCGGCAUCUUUGUCUUUUGGCGGUGUUUCCUCCUCGUUUAAAAUGUAAGUGAAUAA